UCGAUCUCUCUCUCUCUCUCUCUCUCUCUCACACUCUCUCUUUUUUGUUGGCGUCUGUUGGAUUUCCACUGACUAAUUCCGGCAUUUCUUGCAUUGUACUCGUCCAAUACACACAUUCUUUCUGUUCGAAGCGUCGCGCCGCAAAGUUUUUCUUUUUAUCGGUGACUACUCACACGCACUUGCACAAACACACACACACACGCGACAUAAAGUAUCAAAGAUUUGUUUGUCAUUACUGUGAGGUGCUAUUACAGUUUAGUUAAGGAACGCGUGUGCAUAAAAUGUUGUGUUAUCAGUCAGUGUGUCCAUGGUUUGAAAUCGAUUGCGAUCCUGUGUGAAAUGUGAGCAAGAAAGGAAAGCCCAGGUUUUGCAGCGCCGGAGCACGGAAGAAGAAAAGAAGCGCGGGCUCGUCGCUGAAAGAAGGAAGUGAAAAGAAGUAGUAGUGAGCAAAAAGAAGGAGCAUCGGUGGUGCUGAUCGGUUUCGUGUCCCUCAGUUUGUUGUAUACUUAUCCCCGGGGCAUAAUCAAAAGUGCAAGUUGCCGGCAAGGAUCGUGCAUUCUUACGAAAGUUGAUUUAUUUUAUUUUUAUUUUUAAGUUGGUUUUGUUUGGCCGGAACCAAGUGUAAGUGUAGCGUGUGUGUGCGUGCACGCGCCUGUCGAAAGCGUUGUACCGUGUGUCUGGUAUGUGUGGUUGGAGCGUGUGUCUGCCAGGGGCAUGAUAGUUUCCCCUCGAUUGGCUUCACUACUCAACAGUUGCGGAGGUAUCGGUGGUGGCCGUUGCAAUAGUGAUUGCAGCGCCAUCGAUUCCAUUACCACCACCAUCAGUGGCGGCAGUACGGAUCUAUACGACGGAUCCUUGUACGGACCACGUGCAACCGGAGUGCCGGACGCAAGUAACGGCAACGUCAUCAACAACUUGUUGAUAGGUGCGCUUCAAAGCGGCAGUAGUGACUACAACAACAACACCACCGUAUCUGCGUGUGGUGAUAACAGCAUCAUCUUUCAUCGCAUCUUGGUAGCUGGACAGGAAACGGGCAGGAUAGAGUUAAACCGUAGUGAACAAGUGGAAAGUUUGCCGUACGGUGAAAACUAUAGCUUCAACACACACGCACCAGCAGCAGUGAUCGAAGAAGCUCAUACCAAUCGCGAUCCUCGCCCGUGCGAUAGUGCCGCUGCGAUUGUUGGUCUCCGUUGUGGGGAGCGAGGUAGCGACGUGUUCGGAAGUGGGUUUUCCGCAACCGGCAACACGAAUCGAACCGGCGCAACGGAAGAAGCGGCGGCAACGUUUGCGGAAGUUGCUGGAAGUCUCGGUGGUGGAAGUGCGGUUGGCGGAGAAGUAGCGGCGGGCUUUGAAGGCAGUGUGGGUGGCGGCGGUGGAGGGGGCGAAGGACGUGUGAGACGUAUCGCGACGAGCGGUCAGCGUCAGCAGCAGCAGCAGCAGCAGCAGGAAUCGUUUUCUACGAAAACGGCCAGCAGUAGUAGUGCCGAUAGCGGUGGAGGUGGUGGCGGUGGUGGUGGAAGUGGAGUCUCGCGGCACGAGCCGGUUGACAUCGUUUUGCCGGUGGCCUCGUACGUCGGAGUAGUGGGAAGCGGUCGGCGGCAAAGUUCGCAGGGGGGUGGUACAGUGUCCCAUCCGUCCUUGGACGACCCGAUCGGUGGAAUUGUCGUAGUGCACGGCAGUGACUGUACGAGCAGCGGCGGCAGCAGUGGUAGUAGCGGUGACGGGGGCGGCGGAGUUAGUGAUAUUAUCAGUGGUAAUAGUGGAGCCGGAAGUAGCGCUAGUUGCAGCAGUACCGCUAGCAGCGGAAACGGAAUUGCCGGUUCGGUAGUCGCACCGGAAGUGCUCGGUGGCGGCUCGUUGUUCGGUUCGAUAGGUACAGGAAGGGGGGAAGCGGCGGGUCGCGACAGCAAGGAUCGCGAGGACGAGGGUGGCUCGAGUGGGAGCGGGGGGAGCGGCAAGCGUAUCCUUGCCGUGAACCGCAACAUCGACGAUCUGCUGUUCGGCAGCGAUCUUGACUCGCUGAUCAACGACAAUAUCAUUUAUGGCUUCAAAUCGCUGAAGGUGAGCCGAGCGCAGUCACAGGAUCAGCUGGACUAUCAGCAGCAGCAGCACCAGCAGCAGCAACAGUUUUAUCAUCAUUACCAUACAAAUCCGCUGCAUUUGCAACAGCAUUUAGUGGAACAGCAGCAGCUGCCGAAUACAUCGCUGGGUUACCAACCGUACCAGCCUCAGCAUCAUCAACCAUCACUGCAUCCCGGUCAUCAUCAACAGCCGCAGCAGCAGCAACAACAGCAAUCACACAUAAGUCAUUGGAUUGAAUCGGAAAUUAGAGCAAGCAGCAGUAGCAACAGCAGCACCAUGUUGGCCGAUAAAGCAAAGCAGAAAUUGGCAGCACAGUUUGCAUCCGGCAAUGUUCCUGACUCAACGCGGCAAAGGCAUCAUGCGCCGCUCUACGGAAGACUGGUUACAGAAGAACAUUUACCUGCCGUACAUCGUGAUAUACACCAGCGUUCGAUAAGCCCCACAUCAUCGACCGAUAUCCGGGCGAUGGAAGCUCGGAUACCGGUCCUUUUUCGAGAUCCAGCUACAGCACCCCUGCGAAAGUUGAGCGUCGACCUGAUCAAAACCUACAAACAUAUAAACGAGGUUUACUAUGCCAAAAAGAAACGAAGAGCUCAACAAACCCAGGGAGAGGACACGUCCCAUAAAAAGGAGCGGAAGCUGUACAACGAUGGCUACGACGACGAGAAUCAUGACUAUAUCAUUAAGAAUGGCGAGAAGUUUCUCGAUCGAUAUGAGAUCGAUUCACUGAUCGGCAAGGGUAGCUUUGGUCAGGUGGUGAAAGCGUUUGACCACGAGGAACGCUGUCAGGUGGCGAUCAAAAUCAUUAAAAACAAGAAACCCUUCCUAAACCAAGCACAAAUCGAGGUCAAGCUGCUGGAAAUGAUGAACCGGGCCGACGCGGAAAACAAGUACUAUAUCGUUAAGCUAAAACGACACUUUAUGUGGCGAAAUCAUCUAUGUUUAGUAUUUGAACUGUUAUCCUAUAAUUUAUUCGAUCUACUGCGCAAUACAAACUUCCGCGGCGUAUCACUGAACCUGACGAAAAAGUUUGCCCAGCAAUUAUGUACGGCGUUAUUAUUUUUAAGUACACCAGAAUUAAAUAUCAUACACUGUGAUUUGAAACCUGAAAAUAUACUACUUUGUAACCCAAAACGAUCAGCAAUUAAGAUAGUGGAUUUUGGCAGCUCCUGUCAGUUGGGACAGCGGAUAUAUCAGUACAUACAAUCACGAUUCUACCGAUCGCCAGAGGUACUGCUGGGGAUACCGUACGACUUAGCAAUCGAUAUGUGGUCGCUCGGGUGCAUCCUGGUCGAGAUGCACACCGGCGAGCCACUGUUUUCCGGGUCGAACGAAGCUGACCAGAUCAACCGGAUCGUGGAAGUGCUCGGUAUGCCGCCGAAGCACAUCCUCGACCAGGCGCACAAAACACGCAAAUUCUUCGAGAAGCUCCCGUCAGACGGUAGCUACGUGCUGCGGAAGACACAGAACCAGCGCAAAUACAAACCGCCCGGUUCGCGCAAGCUGCACGACAUAUUGGGCGUCGAGACGGGGGGUCCGGGUGGGAGGCGGCACGGCGAACCCGGUCACAGCGUAUCGGACUAUCUUAAGUUUAAGGACCUCAUCCUAAGAAUGUUGGACUACGACCCGAAAACGCGGGUCACACCGUACUAUGCCUUGCAACACAACUUCUUCAAGCGAACCUCGGACGAAAGCACCAACACAGCCAAUACGAUCAGCUCGCUCAGCACGAGCCCGUCGGUCAGCACACAAGAUCAACCAAGCCAUGGUCUAUCUUUACACCAGCCACAGUCGUCACAACAGUCACAAAGCCAACAACAGCAAACACAACCAAAAUCACAACAGCAGCAGCAAACGCUCGUACUACUCGCGCAACCAGCCUCAGUCGGGUCGAAUGGGACGCACAGCAGCGGUGGCAGUGCCGUGACUGGCAAUGGUGCGAUCACUGCCAACAGCAGCAGCGUCAGCAGUGGUAGCAGUGCGACGGGAGUGAUAAUGCCCAGCAGCAACACUGUUGGUCCCUCAAGCGUACCUUCCACCUCCUAUCCGCUGGCGAUGGACUGUGAUCCUCCCGCUUCCAGCCUCAGCCAGUCCCAUCAUGCGGGUGCGCCCACCGCAGGGCGAUAUCCGGGCACGGCGGUUACGGCGUCUGGCGCAGCAGCCCCAUCACACUAUCAUCGGAAUCGAUACUUAGCUCAACAGCAGCAGCAGCAGCAGCAAGCACAGCCAGGACAACAUUUGCAAAGUGCGGCUUCCCACUUGGUAGGAUCGUCCGCGGUGCCAGGUGGUGGUGUGCACAAAACAUACGCACCUGCCUCGUUACCACUCGAUCUCGGCACCCAUAUGGCAUCGUCCCUCGGUGGGCUAGUCAUACCGGAUCACCAUGCCGGAAGCUUUCUGGCUCACAACUUACCGAUGGCCGGCGUGCCCGGUAGUAUAGGCGGCGUGACGGUGGGAUCGGCCGGUUAUGCGCCGUUCUCCAUGAACGAUGCGAUGCUGAUGGCAGCGGCCAGUGCCGGCAUUAGUUCGGCCACCAUCGGACCACACGGUGGUGCGAACAGCUUAGGCGUGAUCGGCGGUCCGAUUGGAGUUGGCGCUGGACCAUCGUCGCUGAUCGUGGGAUCAUCAACGGCAGCAGCAGCAGCAGCGGCUGCAGCGGCGGCGGCGGCGGCGGCAGCAGCAGCUGUCAGCGGCCAUCAUCUCAUUGGCAGUACGGGAAGUAGCAUUAGCAACAGUAGUAGUAGUAGUAGCAGCAACAAUGGAGCCGCAGGAGUGGGAGGAAAUGGGACAGGGUCAGGAUCCGUCAGUGGUGGUAAUGGUGGUGGCGGUGGUGGAUCGGGUGGAAACGGAGCAGUCAGCAGUAGUUCGAAAGGGCACGGUCGAGGACCUCCUAGCGCACCGAGCGAUCGGGACGAAUCGUCCCCAAUGGUUGGCGUGUGCGUACAACCGAGUCCAGUUAUCAUUCACUGACACAAACACAACCCAUAUGCUCACCAAAACACACAGUCAUCAUCAUACAUUUCCAAAAAAAAAACCUGAAUAAAACACAGCGACAAACCUACUAGUGGCCGCCAGAAUGCUAGGUUGCAGCGCCAAGAUCAUUAUGCUAACUCUCAUCAUACCAUGCUCUACCACUCGACUGGAAUUUAAAACUGGGCGCUUUCUUUCUUCACACCGCACAGGUGGUGCACUGUGAAUCAACCGAUCCACCAUAAGUAGCAUAAAGAACCAUGCAAUGGGAAGCUUUGAGCCACAUUUUUUUUGGGGCGGUUGGGUGUGUAGUUCUCUCGGCGGAUAUUAUUCUACAUCGGCUGCUGCUCAAAUGGCGCGCAUCGGAGACAAAGGAGUUACAUUUAUUCAGAACGGCUGCGCCUAAUGUAGUAUAGUGUCAAUGGAAACAGAUUGAAGUUGGAGUUUUUUCAAGCAAGUGGUUUAAAAGUAAGCGAUAGUGUUUUUGCUAAUGGUACUGCCAAGAAACAAUCGGUUUUGGAGCAAUAUGCGACAAUGUACACACAUACACACAUACAUCCUGUAGCAGACAGAUGAAGAUGAAAUCUGAUCAUUUUUUUUAAAAAAGACGCGCAUAACAAAAUCGGACGAGUUUUAGUAAAAAACAGAGGAAAGGAAGAAGAAGGGCACAGUGUUUGGCGUGCGCUGCUGUUGCCUGUGCCGCCCACCAAAAAACAGUCCAAAAUGGUAAUGAUGUGUUCCGAAAGGUUUAAUGAAUUCCUAUUACUACCAAUGUCUGUGUUCUCCGAGGGAAGGAAGGGAAGCAAGUGGUCAAGGAAGUGGAAACCGAGACUGUAGUGGAUGUAUAAAAUUGACUGGCGUUUUAUGGCGAUACGUGACAUGCAAUGUAACAUGCUCUGCCCGCUGAAGAGCAUUUAAAACGGUCCAAAGGCAGCAAAAAAAGUAUGUGCUAGGUUUUGGUUUCGAGCCGACUUGAUGAAGACGUACGCUAGAAUGACUUAAAAUCCUGCUCUUUUUAUAGCUCAGCUGGUAGCAGUAUGACACCGGAAGUACUGUAUCUUUGGGAGAAGCGAACGUUUUGCUCACAAUUAGUGCAGCAGGUGGAUUUUUGAUUAUUUCUUCGAUGCGAUUCUGGCGCAGCACCAUCUGGACUCUGACCAGUUUCUAUUUUAUUGCGCUAUUCUAAAUGGAUCACAAAUGAAGAGAGAACAGGGCAGCCUUUAGCUUUGUCCGGUUUUCAUCUAAUUAAAAAUGGCGAUCAGAUAAAAAAGAGCCAACAAUAGACAGGAAUUGUUUUUGCAGUGCGCACUAGUUUUCUUAACCGCGGUCUAAUAUACUAAUGGGACUCUGAAUGGGAGAGUAUGGUGAACAGCUCCGAUUGGCCAGCGACCAGUGUGUGAACAGCAGAGGGCUUCCCUCUGGUGACUUGGGGAGAGUGUGCGGGAGGUUUUGGUUGACCGGUUGAACUAGUAAAAGUGGGGCUGGGCUUAGGAGAAACCAGAGCAAGAAGACUAGGGAAAUUGGGGACUGACUGUGUGUGUACGCGCGUGUUUAUGUGCAGAUUUUUUGGAUUCCUGUUUUUCUGUUUCCAACAGACAUCGAUCAAAGGCAAUGUGCGCGUGCGGCCGCCACCCGCGAACGUGCAAGGAAGCAAGAUUUAUGCAAGCAUGUUUUGGUUGGGUUAGGCGCCGCUUUCACUGAAGGAAAGCACCACGACUACGACGAAUAUGUAAAGGUGAAUGGUGAAUGAAUAUGAGGAAAUGUACAUAUUAACUGAUUAGCACUAAUGAUAAUAUCAAUAAUUAAAUUAGUAAUAAUAAUAUUAUUAAAAGAAAAACAAACAACGGAUUGUAAAUGAAGCAAAACAACAAAACGCAAACAAAAAGGAAAACAUGAAAAGAAUGAGUCAAACGAUGGUAGGAAGUUGCAGCGCAACUGUAACAACGCGCAUCGCGAAGGUGUGUGUGUGUGUGUGAAAAGGUAUAUAGGAUCUACUGGAAUAUACAUAUACGGACACAUACAGAAAGCAAAAAAAAGAAACACAUACACAUACAAUACGUUUAAGUAAGAAAAUGGAGAAAAUAACAAAAAAAAAAUGGAAAUGCGAUUGAAAUACUAUACUGUAUAAGGGAAAAAAGUACUAGAUCAAAUAACUAAAGAAAGUAAAUUAAUUAAAUUAAUGACACUAAAACAAAUGAAAGGGAAGGGAAAGAGAAAGAAAGCAAGAAAAGAAGAAGAAAAACACACACACACACACGAACUCAGAUACAGAAACAUGAUAUAGGGAAAAGGUAAAUGGAUGGCUGGUAAGAAAGUUAGAAUAAUCAACCGCAAAGCUGCUAAUGGAAACACACAUACACAUUCACACAAACACACAUACACACAAACACAUAAAAAUGCUAGGAGAAAGAAGAAACAAGGUACCAGACGCGGUUACAGGAUCGAGGAGAUCGCACGAUCGAUUUGUAAAUUUCUCUCUCACAACUCUCAACAGUACGGCAUGCGCGGCGUAUGGACAUGCGUUUUACCUGUGUGCUGUGUAAGAUGCGUCCUUUUGUAAGCGAUGUUAAAGAUACACCGCGCUGAACUGCUGCCGUAAAGCAACUGCAAAACUUUACCAACUGCUGCUUCACCACACGAUGCACGAAAUGGCGCAUGGAGAACACGCCACAUUGUGGUAUGCAACAUGUGGCGUGUGCAACUAGUAUGAAAAAUUGCUAGAGAAAAACAAAAGAAAACUGAAGAUAAAAAACAAACAAACAAACAAAAGGGAAUUCAACCGAUCCGCGUAUGAUCCGAAUGAGAUUAUUGUUCUUCCGUUUAUCCUUCCGUCGUCGUACAGUAACCAUGGCGGGCUGUAAAGGCCAUCUAGAAGCCGUUGAUGCGAAGAAAAUCGUUUUCAUGGGAAGCUUUAA